AUGGAUACAUUAGGCGUUCCAGAAGGAGACACUGAAAACAAGUCUUCCUCGCAGUCUAACAAUGUGAGUCCUGCCAUCUCAGAGAUGUCAAUUGUCGAACUGCUGCAUAACACGGAGCUGGUGGGUAGUGGCCGUAAAGGUCUUGAAGGAGAUGAAAAUUCACAAUCUACAGAUGAACACUACGAUAACAACAAGAGCGACAACAAUGCUGCCACUCCGCGGAAAGAGGCGUGGAUUCACGUCGUUGAAUCCGUUCCAGACUUGCAGGUCAGCAUUUUUGAAUUUGUGCCUCCACCAGCUUCGUCGGAUACCCCCAAGACUGCUGGAAUUCCCACCGUUAACGGUGAAAAUACUGUCACGGCCGAGAAGAAAAUUCGUCAGAUAAAACGCGUGAGCUUUGCACCAGACACCGAAGUCAACAGCACUUUGAUCCAUGACCACGUGCUCCUGAUUGACGAUUCAACUGAGAAAUCUGGACCUCUGUCGGUAGUGGAGCAGAGUCGCCAGGUUGAGAGAAGUUACGCCGUUCCUGACGAUAUCCCAGCAUUUGGAUGGUAUGAUUGCUUCCAGCUUGGUCUGUCACUGACGUACACGACACUCUGUCUUCGCCGUAGUAUCUCCUCUCGAUGUUUAGUUCUGGAUGAUCAGCAGAUGCAGCAAAAGCGACGACGCUCAUGUAUCACAGCAACGCAAAUUUCAGUCCUCGCACAUGCAGGAUUGGCUUUCAACACCAGCACAAGAUCGUUAGUUGUGCAACAAGGACAACCUCCACCACCAGUCAAAGAGAAGCCAAAACGAAGAUCUCACAGAUCGAAACGUCUGGGAUUUACGAGGAUAGCGACAAGACUUAGACACCGGAAGAGAUCGAACUCUAAACACAAAUGGGCCGCCAAGCUGUCUCAUCCUGUGAGACUCAAAGUCAAGCUAAAGGUCACAUUGAAAUUUAAACGUAGAGAUCCAGCAAACGUGGCCAAGAACAAAAUAACGAAAGGUGCAGACAAGAACAAGAUCGGUUCUUACGGAGCCAUUGCAGUCUUCCGAGCUCUUCGCGUUAACCAGACGCUGUUAUCGCUCAGGUUAGAGUAUGCCGCGAUCGAUGAUGCAGCCAUGAGUGCUCUGGCUGCAGCACUACGAGUUAAUUCUUCGCUAACUCACCUCAGUCUGGUUGGUAAUCGGAUCGGUCCUAAUGGAGCUCGCGACCUCGCGGAUGCUUUAGAGGACAGUCCAGACUCGAUGCUGCUAGAUUUGGAUCUUCGUGACAAUCGACUUGGCUCUCAGGGCGCAGAUGAACUCGGUCGAGCACUUCGAGAAAACGAGACGCUUACACGCUGUGACUUUUCUUGGAACCAAAUGGGUCCGCAAGCUGUACUCGGUCUGCUCUCAGCGUUGCGAGACAACUUUGCUCUUCGCGAACUGUGUGUAUAUGGACGUGAUCUGGCCGAAGACGGUACUCAGUAUCUCUCGAAUAUCGACUUCGAUUCAGCGAAGCGGAUAGUUGUGGCGCUGCGUCAUCUAAACGAGAGUUUUGCUUUAAUUCGGUUAAGUGGAGUUCGAGCUAUUCUCCCAGUCGACAAGGUCAAAACAUCGCGAUGGAUACAUCUCGCUAACCGAGAACUGGUGGAACUUGACGGUCUGGUUAUUGCAGGGCUGGUACCUCAAAACAGCAUGUUGUUAUCCCUAGAUCUACAUGAUAACCCAGGAUUAGGAAGAACUGCAGUGCUGGAGUUACUAACUGCUAUCAAGAGUUGCGCGACUUUACGAGAUGUUAACCUGUGUAAUACAGGGCUAUUCCCCGAAGCCGGAGAGAGUGUAGGAGAGCUCGUGGCUCUAAACAGCACGCUCUUGACCAUCAAGAUGCACGAUACCGUUAUUUCCGUUCAACAAGUACGUGGUAACCAGAAAUCUGGAGAAGUUCCAGAAAAAAUGGAGUUUUAUGUAGAUUCGCAGCAUUUUUUGGAUCGCUGGAUUAUUGCCAAGUGUUUUGCUGUGAAUCGCCUGACACAAGAGCUGAACGAGUUGCGUCUUCCUGACGUCUCACGUUCUACAAAGACAGUUGUGAACUUGGCUACAAACAGCAGAGACCAUCGAGAUCUGGUCACUGUGAACUUAUGUGGCCGUCGACUGGAGCUGUAUGAAGUAGCAUUUCUAGGUAAGAAGAUGCUGCAUCAUCUUCAUCUCGGUCGAGUAGUGUUGAACAGCUGUAUGCUCGACAGCGCAGCAGCUCGUGCGUUGGCUGAUGGAGUGCGUAACCACUCCACGUUGCAUACUCUCGAGUUAGAGAACAAUCCACUGGGACCUAUUGGGGGCCAAGCAUUGGCUGAGUGUUUGGCGUCAAGUAGUGCUCUCACUUAUCUCAACUUGAGCUGGACGCAGCUUGGUGACGAUGGGGUCAUUGGUUUUCGAGAAGCGCUGAUACGUAACAAAUCUAUUGAGAGAUUGGACUUACGGGGCAACGAGUUGCGUGUACGAGGUGUUGUAGCUAUAGCCGAAGGCUUGCGUCGUACUGCCACACUUCGUGAACUUCACUUGCGUUGGAAUACCGUGUCUCCUGCGGGCGCUGAAGCGUUAGCAGUUGCACUGGACGUUAACAAGAGCUUGGUUCUGCUGGAUAUUGAACACCAUACGAUGGGCUCUCGUGGUGCAGUAGCAUUUGCAUCGAUGUUGGAGAGAAACAAACACCUUGAACACCUCAAUAUUGGUGGUACAGACUCCGACGACGCACUGGAUGCAGGUCCUGGCAUCGGGUCCGAGCAAGCCCAGCGAAUCGCUGAGGUGCUUAUUAACUGUAACCGGUCACUGCGUAUACUUCAUAUCGGUGCUAACCGUAUUGAUGCCGAUGCUGUGGCUCGCUUUGGAGAACUACUCAAGUUUAAUAAGACACUGAUGGCACUGGACUUGUCGUAUUCGGGCCUGGAUGCGACCAAAGCUCCGCGAUUUUUUGCGUGUCUUUCGGCGAAUAGUACGUUGCAGCGUUUGGAUCUGGCACACAAUCGAAUUGGGAAUGAAGGUCUGGUGGCUUGUACUCGCGCACUGGAAACCAAUCGGACGUUGCGCGAGCUCAACUUGGCUUACAACCACAUGACUGAGGAGCCUUUGGCAGUGCUGGCAGCUAAACUUCACAGUCAAAAACGACUAAUUACCCCCACGUUGGAGUGGCUUUGCCUUACAGGCAACAGUAUGACAGAACGUACUCGCAGACAGUUCCUAUCACUACCACAGAACGUCAUUGCGAUAGAGCUGCAAGAUAAAGAUGACCAGGACGAAUAA